CCUGUACUGCGCCAGUGUACCGCAGUCGCCACUCGCCACUCGCCGGAGUCUCAGGCCGCACGCCGACGCCGACCCUCGCGGCCUCGCCAACGCCGACCCCCUCAGCCUCGCCAACGCCGCCACCUCCUAGCUCCUCGCUCGCUACCACGCCGUAGCUGGUUCUCCGCCCCCGCCACCCGGCCUUCCACCUCGCCCGACGCCGCCGUCUCCUCGCCACUCGGUCGCACGGCCGUGUGGCCACGCCGCUGGUCCCCUGCUCUGGCGGCAGGCAAACAGAUGACUAGUCUCCUACUUGUUGGGCGCAUGGCAUGAAGCAAAAUUCACUGAUGGAUGAUUUUUUCUACUAAUAAAUUAACCCAUCUUGAAUCUUCAAGAACCUGCAUAUGAAGACCAAGAAAACAGUGAAAGGAUCAUCUUGCAAGAAGGGCAAGUUGACUGAUGGUCCAAUUAGUAAAGAUGCUUCAGAAAUGGAUCCAUGUUAUAAACUUUUCCUGGAACAUUUAAGCAAAGAUGGGAAUACCUAUGUCCUUGAUGUGCCAAAUGGGGACCAUGGCAUGCCUGUUUCUGUACGGUAUGAGGAAGAUGAUACAUCCUACGGGAACACAAAUGGCAAAAAUGGCCCCAAUUCUCCCAAUGGUUCACUGCAUAAAAGUUGGGGUGUUCCAAAUGGCAAACAACCUGGUGUAAAAGCAGUCAAGGCUACCAGUGGAAAUGUGGAUCACUCCUUUUCACCAAAGAGAUCACUUGUGAAGCAGAAGAAAUCCUCAUCAGUGGAUGAAUCUUAUGAGUUAUUUCUGCGCCUUGUGAAAUUCAAGGAUGGUUUCAUGGUUAUAGAGCCAGAACCAGGUGUCACCAUUGUAUACGAGCGAGAAGAAGACAUGCCUGCUGGAUAUGAUGAAUUGAGAACUGGCACUUCCACAAAUGAACCAGAGCCUUUGAUGUCUCCACUUGAAAACAUGGAGGAAGACUACACUACCUAUGGAUGUGAAUAUGGGCUUACACAGGCUAAUAAAAUUGCAUCUGAGCAUGAAAUGGAUGGACCUUCUUCAGAGAACAUUGAUGGUCAGGAUGUUAUCUGCACAGAUGAGCGUGGACUUGUACUUUACACUGAACCUUCUGAUUCAAAUGCAUGUGAAGAUGAACAAGCAGCACCUCUUGCUAUUAGCUGCAGUGGAUCCUCUACAUUUGAUGAAAACCUCAACGCUGUUUUAAGUCAGCCAUACGAUCAAAAUGAAUACGAAGAGCUUUGGAGAAAAGCCACUGACCGGAAACCUGUGAGCAGACAAAGACACUUGCGAAGUGCAUCAAAAGGCUAUGUUACAGGGGCAAUUGGGCUGUCGUAUCUCGAUCAUUACCCAGAUCUAGCCGUACAAAUAAACUCAGCUGACUGUGAUGAGAGACUGAGCCUGCUGAGGAAAUUCUUCUUCUGGUUGGAGAACUUAUGCCAUGAGGGAGCCUACAUGCCAUGGAUCUCCAAGGCACUAGCCUGCAAUCCCAUUUCACCAGAUGAGUAUGAGCAGACGCCCACCCUCGAGACGUGCGAAGAUGAACAGUAGGGCAGUGAGCUGAGUUUGGCGGUCUCCUUGUUUCUCACCGCUACGUGACUGCAUCAAGGGUCCUCGCCUACCGUGUGCUUGUGUCGUGUCAUACUUGUGGUGGCACCAUCUAAAACCAGAAGCUGUAUUGGCCCUACUGCGACUUUGAACUUUGAUAUGCCUGCCGUAGGUUUACUUUCGUUGUGCAGCUCCAUGUAACUUGACUGCAAUUCUUGUUUUGGAUUCAGACUGAGUUGAGCUUGCAAUCUUCGGUGUCUAUCGCAGUAGUGCUGUGCUGCUGCUGCUGCCCCGAGGUUUCAUGGCCUUCAGAGCAUUUUGUGAUGUACAUAUAUAUAUGUGUGGGCUGUGGGCUGUGGUGAA